GGCAAAUCCCCUGUAGAAUAUAAUGGUGAAAUUCAUGCGCCGUGUUUUUGUUUUCCGAUACCGCAAAACACAUCUCGUCAAGAGAUACACAACGACGACGACAACAAAAAGCGCUCGCGGGAAAAGCGACGCGGACGAUGGAGCACGACACAUGACACAGACAACAUGUCUCUAAGUAAUCAUCCCAAAGCCUAUGGCUCGGCCGCCCUAGCGCUCGCCUUCACGGCCGGUAUCCUCGUCACUCUCGGCUUCAAAGACUUUUAUCCGGACCUCGAACGCCGGUACCAGCGCCGUCACAACCGCCGCGCGCGCAACACCACCACCACCACCGGCGGCUCUUCCGCGGACCCCUCGCGGCGUAGCAGCCUCUUCUGGGGCCCACCCGUCCAACUCGAAGACCACGAGACCGCUUCCGAGGCCGAUGAAGCGGCGGCGGCUCUCCUCACCAGCCUCGGGGGGGCCGCCUGGAACCCGCCGCUCAUCGCGGACGGCGUGGCGGGCGCCAUCGGCAACACGCCCCUCAUCAAGAUCCGCUCCCUCAGCGAGGCCACGGGGCGCGUCAUCCUCGCAAAGGCAGAGUUCCUGAACGCCGCCGGCAACACGCCCAAGGACCGCGUCGCGCUGUCCAUGAUCGAGGGCGCCGAGGCCGCGGGCCAGCUCGUCCCGGGGCGCGGCGACACCAUCUACGAAGGCACCGUCGGCAGCACGGGCAUCUCCCUGGCGACGCUCGCCCGCGCGAGGGGCUACCGCGCGCACAUUUGCAUGCCCAACGACAUGGCCAUGGAAAAGGUCGAUUUGCUCUGUCACCUAGGCGCCACCGUCGAGCGCGUGGACCCGGCGCCGAUUGCGUCGCCGGAGCACUUUGUCAACCUCGCCCGCCGCCGCGCGCUGGAGCACGCCGCCAAGGCCGGCGACGGCAGCGUCGGGUACUUUGCGGACCAGUUUGAGAACCCGGCCAACUUUGCGGCGCACCUGCACACCACGGGCCCGGAGAUCGUGUACCAGACCGGCGGGAAGCUGGACGCCUUCGUGUCCGGCGCGGGGACGGGCGGUACCAUUGCCGGCGUGGCCAAGUAUCUCAAGGAGGAGGCCAACGUGCCGGGUCUUCAGGUCGUGCUGGCGGACCCCCAGGGCAGCGGGCUGUACAACAAGAUCCGGCACGAAGUCAUGUACUCGAGUACCGAAAAGGAGGGCACGCGGCGGCGGACGCAGGUCGACACCAUUGUGGAGGGCAUCGGCAUCAACCGCGUCACGGAGAACUUUGAGGCCGGCAGGGAGCUGAUUGACGACGCGAUCAAGGUCACGGACGAGCAGGCGUGCCGCAUGGCGAGGUGGCUGGUGGAGAACGACGGCAUCUUUGCCGGCAGCAGCAGCGCGGUCAACUGCGUUGCCGCGGUCGUGGCGGCUUCGAGGCUGCCCGAAGGGAGCCAGGUCGUCACCAUCCUGUGUGACUCUGGCACGAGGCAUCUGAGCAAGUUUUGGAAGCAUGUGGCGGCGAUGGGCUUGGAGGAGGAUGAACAUUCGGCUGACCUGUUCUCGGUGCUCAAGAUCGACCCUGCGAAGAAGUAAUAAUAUAGACGACUAAUAGAUCAACUCCCUCUCCG